AUGAUGAACGGCAAAAAGUGUUUCUCGGUUCAGUGCAGUGGUAAUACAACUACCUGUCAAGAAGUUCGUGCUGAUUCAUCGUUAAGUAUAUCAACAAUAGCAUACGUUGCUAGAUAUGUUGACUCUGAACACACACAAGGUACUGUAGCUAGGAUAUUCAGACUACAAUCAUGAAAAAAACAAUACUAGUUUAGACACCACACAGACACAAAACACAGCAAAAUGUACAUUGAGAAUAUUAAAUAACCCUCUCCCCUACUUUAAUGUUGGGAACAACCUCCAAACAUUUGGUAAUUUGUCAUGGCACAAACUCAACAAUGUGAUUUAGGGACUCAACAAUGUAAUUCAGGGGGAGUAGGGGUUUAAAAGUGCAAUAUAAGAACGAACUUCUCCAAAGGAUAUGUAAACACAAAAAAGUGCGUUCAACCAGUUGUAUGCAUGGUUGAAGUUAUAAAUUCAAAUGAAAUAAAGUACCGUACGUCUAUUUUCUACUUUGAAAUAUCUUGAAUUCAAAAGUAGUACAGUUCGAAGACACUCAAGACCUAAAUAUGUUACUGCACCAAUCUGACGCCAUCGCGUGAAAUGUAGAAAGUGAAUGUUUUUACAACUAGAUUCAAACUAUGGCAGCUUAGUGUACAAGACAACUUAGCAAAGUAAAUAUGUUCAUUAAUGAUGAAUAUGCUCUGAUGAUUAUUACUUUUCAAAAUAUUUUACAGAGCUUGAAUUAUCAACAUCUUUGAGUCAAUGUCCACGAGAAAGUUUGAAUGAGCUACAUGUUUAUAAAAAUAAAACUCUCCUUGGUGGAUUUGAGACAGGAAAUUACACGUUUCUCGGAAGAACAAAGUAAGUUCUUUUUUUAAAAAAGUUGCAGGGUUUUUAAGCAGUGUAAAAAUUUUGGCUGGUCUUUUUACGAAUUUAUUUAAUUAGAAAGUACUUUUCUCAGUAUAUACGUUCGUACAAUGACUGCAAGCACAAAUUUCUGGUGGAAUUCGAGGGAAUUUAACUACUGAUUGACUGACAGACCGACCGACCGACCGACCGACCGAUCGAUUGACCAACUGAUUGACCAUGCAACCGACCAACUGACUGGUUUGAUGGAUGAAUGAGACGGUGACUGUGGUGAAAAAUUACAACUGUUUCUUGGCAGAAGUAUGCGGCAAUGUAUUCAAAGGUGUUGCAGCCGGGGUAAAUGUGAUGUUGCUUACUCUAUCGAUGGGAACUGUUAUGCAAUUGAAUGUUUUUCCGAGAAUCUGUGUCAUGUGGACGAUGGAGUACCGGAUACAACAAGUACAGAAAUAUCCAUUCUAAAAGAUCUCAAAGAAAAACAAUCAA